CCCAGUGACUGGAAUUGGCAGUCGCCCAACGCCGCAUUCGCCAUUCGGAACCGUCUCUCUAUAAAUAAUCGAAGUGUCGGCUUUGCGUGACUCUCUUUGAUUUCUCCUUUUUCUUCAAAAUCUCAGAGCUCUCACUCCUCAGCUCUCAAAUUUCGAUUGCUGGAGCUCUUGGUCCCAUCCCUGUUUAUUGAUGGCGUCUCAAGCAAGCCUCCUCCUUCAGAAGCAACUCAAAGAUCUUUGCAAGAAUCCGGUUGAUGGGUUCUCCGCAGGUUUGGUUGAUGAAAACAACGUUUUUGAAUGGAGUGUGACGAUAAUUGGACCCCCGGAUACUCUCUAUGAGGGAGGAUUUUUCAACGCGAUCAUGAGUUUCCCAUCCAAUUACCCAAAUAGUCCGCCGACAGUGAAAUUCACAUCAGAAAUCUGGCAUCCCAAUGUAUAUCCUGAUGGUCGGGUUUGCAUAUCAAUUCUUCAUCCUCCAGGUGAUGAUCCCAAUGGUUAUGAGCUUGCAAGUGAGCGCUGGAUGCCUGUUCAUACGGUAGAGAGUAUAGUAUUGAGUAUCAUAUCAAUGCUUUCUAGUCCUAAUGAUGAGUCUCCUGCAAAUGUCGAAGCUGCGAAAGAGUGGAGGGAUAAGAGAGAUGAUUUCAAGAAAAAGGUGAGCCGCUGCGUGAGGAAGUCACAAGAAAUGCUAUGACUUAUGGGCCAAGCUCAUCCUGCUUAAGUGAACUGGGAGACAUGUAUAACGCCAUUUGUCAUGGAUCACCGGCUACUUUGAUCCAUGUGGAAUUGCUAUAGGAAGUCAUCUAUUCUUCAGUUCCGUUUUGUUUCUGCUCUGCAGGGCCUCUUUUCAUGAUUUGCAAAAGCCAACUCCAGUCUAAAAUCUAAAUGUUUUUGGCUAAUGUUUGUUUACUAGUCAAUUGGAAAAUUUCUUUGUUCAUUUGCAUAACCUUACUGAUAAAAUUUGAGUGACAGCAUUAGUCUUUCUCUGAACA